GUCCCGAAGGGUGGCCCCCUGUCCGGCUGUCCAGCCCUCGGACCCCCAGGCUGCUGUCCGGCUGCAAGGAGCCUCAGGUGAGGCCCCCCUGGCUCGGCUCAGGCUUCGGAUCCCAGGCGGGGCGUCUCCGGGUGCCCAAGGGGUGCCACUCGGCUCUGUUCCGUGAGCCCUCUGGCGGGGAAGGAAGGAUUCUCUCAACAUGAGGUCCUCCCUGCAGGCAGUCGCGCUCUGGGGGAAGAAGGCCCCUUCCCACAGCAUCACCACCAUCAUGAUCACCGAUGACCAGCAAACAAUUGUGACCGGAAGUCAGGAGGGUCAGCUCUGUCUCUGGAGUCUCUCACCUGAACUAAAGAUUUCAGCUAAAGAACUUCUGUUUGGCCAUUCUGCGUCAGUAAUAUGUGUGGCGAAAGCCAGAGACUUCUCUAAAGAGCGCUAUGUCGUUAGUGCUGCUGAAAAUGGGGAGAUGUGUGUAUGGAAUGUCACCAACGGGCAGUGCGUGGAGAAGGCCACCCUUCCCUACAGGCACACUGCGAUCUGCUAUUACCACUGCUCGUUCCGGAUGACAGGAGAAGGCUGGCUUCUAUGCUGUGGAGAAUAUCAAGACGUUCUUAUAAUUGACGCCAAAACCUUGGUUCUAGUUCACACGUUCACAUCGUCCCAGUCUCCUGACUGGGUCAAUUGCAUGUGCAUCGUUCACUCCAUGAGAAUUCAAGAAGAUUCUCUCUUGGUGGUAUCAGUUACAGGGGAACUCAAAGUGUGGGAUCUCUCGUCAUCUAUCAACAGCAUUCAGGAAAAGCAAGAUGUCUAUGAAAAGGAAUCCAAAUUUCUUGACUCCCUGAACUGCCGGACAAUACGAUUUUGCACAUAUACAGAGAGACUUCUAUUGGUGGUAUUUUCUAGAUGUUGGAAGGUUUACGAUUAUUGCGAUUUUUCCCUUCUGCGGACUGAAGUCAGUAGACGUGGGCAGCUCUUUGCUGGCGGGGAGGUGCUUGCUGCUCACAGAAUCAUCAUCUGGACAGAAGAUGGUCACAGUUACAUCUAUCAGCUGCUGAACAGUGGGCUUUCAAAAAGCAUAUACCCUGCUGAUGGAAGAGUGCUUAGAGAGACCAUUUAUCCUCAUUUACUGUGCUCUGCGUCUGUGCAGGAAAAUAAGAGCCUGCCCUGUGUUAUGGGCUACAUGAAUGAAAGGAAAGAGCCUUUCUAUAAGGUACUUUUCUCUGGAGAAGUUUCAGGGAGAAUUACUUUGUGGCACAUCCCCGAUGUUCCUGUGUCCAAGUCUGAUGGCUCUCCUGGAGAGAUACCCAUAACUACCACCUGGACCCUUCAAGAUAAUUUUGAUAAGCAUCAUAUCAUGUCACAAAGCAUUAUCGACUACUUCUCUGGGUUUAAAGAUGGAGCUGGAACUGUGGUGGUCACUUCAUCAGUGUAUGUCCCAAGUCUUGAUAAACUAGUAUGUGGCUGUGAAGAUGGGAACAUUGUCAUUACUCAGGCUUUGAGUGCUGCCAAAGCAGGGCUUCUGGAAGGAGGUUCUCUAUUAAAAGAUUCCCUCCCUCACAAAGUCCUCAAAGGCCAUCACCAAAGUGUUAUCUCAUUACUUUACCCACAUGGUCUCUCUUCAAAAUUGGACCAAAGUUGGCUGGUGUCUGGGGACCAGGACUCUUGUGUCAUCAUGUGGGAUAUCUUCACUGAAGAAAUUUUGCAUAAAUUCUUUUUGGAAGCUGGUCCAGUAACAAGUCUUUUGAUGCCACCAGAGAACUUCAGACUGAGGAGUAACCAGGUGGUUUUCUGUGUGUGCGGCGACCACUCCGUGGCCCUCCUCCACCUGGAGGAGAAGCGGUUCCUCUUCUGUGCCCGGAAGCACCUCUUUCCGGUGAAGGUGAUCAAGUGGCACCCGGUGGAGAACUUUUUAAUUGUUGGGUGUGCAGAUGACUCCGUUUACAUCUGGGAGAUUGAAACAGGAACUUUGGAAAGACAUGAGACAGGAGAAAGAGCAAGAAUUAUUCUUAAUUGUGAUGAUUCACAGUUUCUAAAGCCUGAGUCAGUACUUUCAGUUGCCUCAGAGACACAUAAACACAAAAGUGUAGAGCAGAGAUCCUCCAGCUCCUACAAGUUUGGGCCAAUGCCUUGCCCUGGUCUGCAGGUGGAGUCUUCAUGUAAGGUUGCUGAUGCCAAGUCUUUCUCGGGUCCUUUUAAUGUCUUGCCUGUGAAGACCAAAUGGAGUAGCAUUGGCUUUCAUAUCCUUCUAUUUGACUUGGAAAGCCUUGUUGAACUUCUGCUGUCAACAUCGGUCUGUGACAGUGACCCUUCCAAUUCAUUCUAUCCCAGUGAGAUCCUGAGAAGAGCCAGAAGUACAGUUGAGAAGAAAACACUGACGCUGAAGAGAAAUAAAACCUCCUGUGCUUCUCUCUCAGCAGAGGCACAAGCCAGGCCUGUGAGUGAAGCCCCGAGCCAAGGAGAUAGUUCCACCCUGGUCUUAGAAGAAUAUGAGGGAAUAAAAAGGCAGAAGAAACUGAAGAGCUCCAAAAAGACACACCCUACGCCAUCCAGAAAAUUUGAUGCCAACCUCACAAUAGAUGUAGCCAAAUUGCUCCUAUCUUGCCUUUUGCCAUGGGGCGUGGAUAAGGAAUUAGAUAACCUUUGCAUUAAGCAUCUCAAUAUUUUGAAGCUUCAGGGUCCCGUUUCUUUAGGACUUGCUUCAAAUGAAGAUCACUUCUCACUGAUGCUGCCAGGUUGGGAUGUAUGCAAUGCCGAAACGAAGAAAGACUACUCGAAAGUCAAUUUGUUUUCCAGAAAAGUGUUGGACUUGUCAAACAAAUACACAUCCACUCUUCCAAAUCAAGCUGGGACACCAGGAGGACUGGAAAAUAAUUGCGAUGCUUCGCAUGAGUCAAACACUAUCACUUAUUUAUUGAGAAGACUGUUUUUAGUUAACAAAUUAGUUAACAUGCCUGUAGACGUGGCAUAUGGAACUGACAGCUCUUUCAGAAUGGAUUCUGUGCAUAACAAAGUGAAAAGUCCUGGAAAUGAUAUUUUGCAUAUUUUAAGCUUCUACGGUUACUUAAGAAAUGGUAAGAAUGAACCCCAUCUACCUGAAGCUGAUGUUUCUCUCUUGAAGCUAAUUUCCUGUUGGAGAGACCAGUCUGUGCAGGUAACUGAAGCAAUACAAGCUGUUCUCUUGGCGGAAGUUCAACAGCACAUGAAGACCUUGAGAAAGACACCAGUCAACAGUGAACCAGGGUCCAUGAAUGAGAAUGGUAACUACCAGAUGAUGCAGAUCCAGCCAAAGAUGGAAUGCACAGAGGAACUAGAGUUACAGUGUAUUACAGACAGUUUGUCUCUGCAAACUUCAGCCAGUCUGGUCAAGCAUGACAGCGACUCAAACUCGGCAAACUUCCAAGACACUGAGGACAUGCCUGACAGAUGUGUCGUGAAAGAGUCUGAGAGUCCAGGUGAAAGCCAUUUAAAAAUAGUCAAGUAUAAAAUGAUAAAUUUGACACAGCUUUGGGGUCCUUGGAAGGGGGUGGGGAGACAGGACAUUGUAAUGCUGUUUGCUCUUAGCAGCUGCACUGUCAAAUUAAUGGUCACCUCCAGGGGUCACGGCAUGGAGCUGUUAUCUUUUCCUCUUUCAUCAAGAAUUCAGUUGGAGGAAGUACAAAGGCUUUAUGACUGAAAAGGAAGCUGACACUAUUAGUUCAUUAUCAUCAAUUUUAGGCUAAACUGAUUAAUAGAGGCAGAGAUUGGAAACUGAAGGAAUGGCAAUAUUUUAAAUAUUUCAAAUAAUAGGAUCGAGUGGAAAAGGAGAAUUAGGGACAAAAGAGACACAAAUUGUCAUCAUUACAAUCUAUGUACCUUUCUAAAUACAAACAGGACUCUACCUGGCAUGAGAGGAUUUUAGCAUAACAGUAAUGGACUAAAGGAUGUAGUCAACUGUUUAGAAAGAAAAAGAAAAUAAUAAUCCUUCCCCAUGCAAUAAAAUUUACCCAGUGUCCAAGUUAUUUAUGUUUGUAUUUUCUUUGUAGGAAGAAUAGGCAGAAAUGUAUUGGAAAAAUAAGGCCAGAACGUUUUAGCAUAGAUUUUUGUUUCCUUUUGUUAUCUUUUUGAAGCAUGCCUAAUUUUAACAACUAAUUAGCUAAAGAGAAAAAGAAAUAUUUGUGAAAGUUGAAGGGCAUUCCUGGAUCACUACAAAGCCACAAGGCGCUUAAAAGUACCCCAUUAUUAUGAAUGAAAGAGUUAACUAUCUUCCUCCACUAAACAUUUUUCUUUUCUAUUUUCUCUGCUGCUGAGUCCCCUCUUCCCUCUCCCAUCUUUGUGUGCUGAUCCAUGUAUCAGAUUUUUGAUUCAUCCUCUCCGUGGCCUGUCAGCUUAGUUAAGAGAUUUCCAAAUCUUGUAGCCUUCGCUGACAAGGGGCAGCUGCAAACAGUCCCCUGAUCCUUCCCCGAGGAGAGCUACUGAGAUUUAAUUUUCAGUGAAAGGUGCAGCCUGCAAUCUAUGUCAGGUCCCCUAAGUCAUCUCGGAACCCCAGUAGGCCCAGUGGCGAUGGCAUUGUGUUUCAGUUCCUCCACUGCACGGAGAUUCCUCAGAAGAUGGACUGCCGCCCUGUGUCUGCUCUCAGCCGCACUCCUGCUCUUCCACAAACGGAGAAACGGCAUCUUUAGCAAUGACAGGAAUUCCUUAUCAGUACGCAAACCCAUCCCCUGCCAUAGCUAAAAGACAAGUGCAGAUCUAUCCAACUAUAAAAGGGAGAGGAUAGGGAUAGCAUUAAAUUUCCAAAAUAAAAUUAAUUUAAAAUAAACUUUUUGGUUUGACUCAAAUCGCCUAAUUUUGACUAGAUUUUUAAACUGUCUUAAUAAUUGAUUUUCUAUCAACCAUUUGUCAGGCAGUUAAUUCCACGAGGCAUGUCUUUACCUAAGUGUCUAUUGCUUUGGCAAGAACAGAUUCACUUUAUACCAUUUCAAAAGUCACAUACAUUUCCAUCAUCUCUCUGUAUGAAAUUGCAGUGAGAUUCAAAUAUAACAUAGUCAAAUCUGAUUGAUAUCAACAAAAGGAGGCAUCAGAACACAGAAAGAUUAAUUAGAAAAUAUAGGUGCUGAUAAAGAAUCUUAACUUAAAAGAUGAGUACUGUCUAUACAUCGGACAUCAUUAAACUGGUAAUAAAGAAUGAAUUACUCUGGCUUUUCCCUCUGUCCACUCCUGCAUUUUAAGGCAUCUUGCCUUAUAGGCCUAGAAACCUCUGGAGAGUUCACUACUGGUCUCACUGCUUUCCACUGAGAAUUUGUGGCUUGGUUGUCAUGGAGACAUCGUAUUUCUCCAAGAAUUUCUCAUAUUGAUCCGUGGCCAGGCGUAAAUGGCCAAGCAAGUGUGAGGAAUAAAGGGGGCUGGGCAGUCCUAUAAAAUGACCAGGGCUUGUGGGCUGGAAAUAAGCUCAUUGCAAACACUUAGGUAAAAAGAAAGAAGCAGUUUUAUUUUGUUUCAGGAUUUCUCUCUGCACUUUGGGCCAUUGUCUUCUUUCACUAUGAACUGAAAGAAACUUGUUAGUCACUUGUCAUGUCAGAUCUUUGGCGCUUGUCCUGACACAGCUGUCAGCCUUCCAGCUCUGUGCAGUUCAGGGACACACAACAAAGAGGCAAUGGCAUGAAUUAUUUAUUGCUCCUUGUGUGGAUAAAAUUCUGUGAUAAGAAAUUAAGACACUUCUGACAGAGGUGCUUGUUUAGUAAGAAAAAAUUUUGAUGAAAGAGUGCAUCAUUUUUUUUGAAGUAUGAGCAUUGGAGAAGCAAAAUUCUUAAAACUGGACAUGAAGGGAGAUAUGUGAAAUUGGUGGCAGAGAGGGACUUUCUUGACCUGGGGAAAUAUGUCUGUCUACUUCUCAAUGUCCAAAAAUUAACUUCCAACUAUGAAGUCAUUCAAAUAGUCAAACUAUUAAGACAUUUAAAUAUAAGAACUCCAAAACUAGAAGUAUUACUUUAGUGAUCUAGUUACCUCUACUUACCAUGUAAGAGGGUGUUUAACUACCUUUGUUAGGAAAAAAAAAAAUUAGGGGUUUUAAGUGACAAGCUUUGGUAAGGUGUCUUCAAACCAAUAUACGUGCUUCAGUAGCUAAGCUUACAAUUGUAUUCAUAUAUUUGUUAUUCCUUGUAUAGAAGAAAGUGAAUUUAAAUCAUGAAUGCAUCAUUCUUACCAUUUUCACCUGGGAUAUUAUCAAUAAUUUAAAAUUCCUUUUAACAUUUUCAUGUAUGUGCAAAAUCCCCCAGUUACAAAAUUGAAUGUGGUCAUUCUUCAAGCUUUAAUGGAUAUUGACCUUAUAUAGUUUUAUCUAUGCAAUUUUAAGUAACUAACAUAUUUAUUACAUCAUUUUUUUUUAUGAAUAGGCCCAUUGUUGGGGCAGCAUAUAGAAAAUGAAAACAAAAAAAUCAUUUUCCCAUUCAAGCACAGUUGAAGAAUAUUGUCUCAUAUAUUGUCAUUUUCACAUAAAGUCUUUUCUUCGUAAAUCCUCUAAACAUUUCACUUUGGUUCUUCUAGCUUCAUAUUGCUGCUACCAACUCAUUUGCACAUGCAGAGUGCAAAGGGGCAUUGAAGAGAGAAACACUAAAAUAGCUUUUUUAAACGGUGAAGUUGAAGUUGUUUAAACAUUGAUAGAACAUUGAAAAUGUUACUACUAAAACCAAAUUUUUAGAAUUUUUAUAAGAUAGUAAGAUUGAUUUCGUGAACUGACUAUAUUUGAAUACAGUGGGUUUUGAACUUCAGAGUGUUAUUUUUUUUUCCAUCGACACCGCUGCUCUCUGGCAUUGGAGAGACUGGGAUGACUGUAAAUGGGCUGGAGUGUGUGUGUAGAUUACGAUUUAGAGGUCUGGUGCUAAGGUUGUUCAGCUGGUCUCCAGAGCGCUCUACCUGGCUCAUCAUGCCAUUGUGAUCUCUUUAUGGGUUCAAGCUGUAUACCCAGGUGAGUGACUGCAGUCCAUUAAGGUUUGCAAAGCAACUUUAGACCAGAGCAUUCCUGAUACUCUGACUCUGCUAGUGAACCUGGGGGUCUUGUCUGAUAGGUUAAGGUCUCCCUCCACUGUGUCUUUCCUUUGGAAUAAUUCAUUAGCAGAGAGUUUUGCCUCACAGGUGAAUCCCAGAUUGAAGUUUCUGCCUUAGCAUCUGUGAAGUCUACUUUCUCCUUCAAUGGCAUUUAUACAUCCCUGAAACCUGUGGGAAUCACUUGGAUGUCUAGGAAUAGAAGCAUGGAGACCACACUGUGAACUUGCAGAUCCCUUUUAUUUUGAGGUUUUUUAGGGCCAUUAGGCUUUCUUUCUUUGGCUCUUUAAGGCCUGGUCGCUUCUGCAUCUGAAAGAUGCUAUCCCCAACAUAGUUCAGUUUAAUCCUUUGCUGGUUAACUUGUUUUCUGUUUCAUGCAGUGAUUAAAGCUCAGUUCCCAUUCUCUAGAUUAUAAAAGUCUUCUUGCAUCUCAUCUUUGCACUCAUGAUGAUAAAAAAUUUAGUGUGACAUUCACAAUGUUUAUCUGAGUGUUAAUGAGAGACCAUGACUUUUAUCACCUUAUUGGUUUGGAAAAUGAAUAAUUUUACUUCCUGGUGCACUUAGUACACAUAAACAUAGCUUCAGCUGAAAAUAGUAGUGACAAUUGAGAAAGUACCGAAAAAGCACUCAGACAAGCAUUUUCACGUCAUUCUGAAGUAAUUUAUAAUCAGUAUGCAUUCUGCCAUUAAUAGAACAUUUUAGUGAUUUUUAUAUAGCACGUUAUGUGUGUAGAUUUAUAGACAUCAUUGUCAAUCAAUAUAGCAUUUGCAUGAAUCUGAUGAACAAAACUAGAUUCUCACAGUUUCCAGGGGAUACUACAUUGUGAAGAGUUAAGGUGGAUCUUUUUUUUCCCCCCCUUUUACUAUUCUGGCUCAUGAAUCACCAGCAAAAAUCAGGUAAGAGAAAGUAGGACAGAUUCAGGACUGGAGUGUUGGAGAUGGCUGAUGAUGAUGCAUGAAGCAGAAAAAAUGUGGAAUGUGUGAGCAGCCCAUCAAUCAUAGCCAUCGCGAACACACUUCUUAUGGUUGCUGCUAAAAAAAAUGUUCUAGGAGGAGUAAAAACAAUUUUAGUAAAAAAGAAACCAUUUAAACUCUUUCUAGUUGUUUAAAAUAUCAUUUUUUUUAUUUACCCAAAGGGAAACAUUUAAAGCAUUAACUAAUAACUUUUAAAUAAUGUAAAAUUUCUUGGCUAAUAUAUUAUUUUAUGUAGCAUAUAUUAUACAAUAUAGACUAUGGUUUAACUAAACCAAAUAAUCAGGUUUUUGAGUUUUUUUCCAAGUAGGAGUGGGGGUUAGUAUGUGUAGUCACAUCACUGAUAUAAAUGUAUUUAGAAGUAGUCAACAAAGGCACAGUGUUCCAAUUAAUUUGAUAAUCAAAUUAAUUGAAACCAAGAAAUAUAUUUUAGACUACAAUAACAAUCAUCUAAGUAGUGUGAGAAAUAAAUGUUUUUCUUUUAUUCUAUAAUUCAAAUCAUAUUUCAACUAACAUUUAAACAUUUGAACCUAAAACUGCAAUUGUGGGCUUUUUUACAAAUAAUUCAGCUCCUUGAAAUUUAAGAAAAAUUGCUAAUUUCUAGUAUGUUUCAUCUUAUUGAAAAUUUCCAGCUUUUCGGCAAAAAAAAACACCCUAUAUUAAUAAUGUAUUUAAUUAAAAUAUACCUGGAACAUGGUUUACAAGA